AUGGGAGCUGUGCAGUUUGUAGUGCUUCAGCUCACACUGCUGUUGCUGAUGUUUUGGUCAUUUAGUGAUCCGUUAGUUAUUGCAGAAGCACAGGUACCUAUAGCAAACUAUGGAUGUCGAGAUUCUUGUGGAAAUGUUACGAUUCCAUAUCCAUUUGGAAUGGAAAAGAAGGGUUGUUACAUAGAAGAAAGGUUCAAAGUACAUUGCAACUCUACUAGUGGAGUUCCCACAAUUUCAAUCAGCGGCAUUGAUAUGGAGGUGACAAAUAUUUCUGUUGAUUACAACACUAUUACAGUCAACUUUCCAGUUGUCUACGCAAAUUGUGAAGGCAAAGACAGUAAAAGCAGUACAGUUGUUGACUUGGAAGGAAGCCCUUUUGCUUUCUCCUCCGCAGAGAAUUACUUCAUUGCAAAAGGUUGUAAUAACGUUGCCUUAGCGACCCCAAAGAAUGAGGACUCUCCUAAUCCUUGGUGCGUGUCAUUUUGCGACAAAGAGAGUGAUAAUGGCCCUGACAUGUCUGGUUGCAGUAACAUCACCUGGUACCUGAACAACAUCCCCUCACAUCUCAAGGUUUUUAACGUAACUUUUGAAGGUUUUGAUGACAGGAGAAAAUCAGGCAGCAGCAACAACAGCAGGAAAUUAGAGGAAUGCAGGCAUGCCUUUUUGAUAGAACAAACACGGGUUGAUAACUCUGCCCCUGACAUGAGGGAUGUGGACUUUGUUCCAGCAGUGCUAGAUUGGGGGAUUGAUAAUGAGAUAUUUCGACUCUUUGUGGAGAGUCAAGGGUGUCAUAUUUCAACCUCUAUUCAUAGAUGUGGAGCCUCUGGUCCUCCCAUCGAUUCAAGUUCCCGACCAAACUCGACGAUUCGAUGUUAUUCCACACUUAUCCCUGAUUAUCACAAUCCUUACCUUGAUAGUUUUUGUGAAGGGAAAAGAAAUGGCAACCGGACUAAAAUGGUGACCAUAGUUAUGUUGUACUAUGAACCAAGUUUGAAAUUGGGAAUCAAUAGGUUCUUGGUUCCUCAGUUCUUAACAAAUUUCCUAUUCGAUUUUGUGCAGGUGUUGGAGCUGGACUAG